AAAAAAAUUUACUGGUCUUCUAGCCCAGCUAUUUAUUUUAUAAUUUAAUUCCGUCUGUCACCUGACAAGUUAGGUGUCAGACGCUUUCUAUCGCCUGAAUGGACAGGGACACUUUUGCUUACUCCACCAAGUUUUUUCGUGAUUAUAGCGGCCCAACUCGGGGCGCAAGCUGCCAAUCCCACGAACAUGUUGACUACAUCGAGAAGCCAGAAAUAUUCACUUAUGCAGACUUUUUCAAGGAUUACUUGAUCCCCAAUGACCCCUGUGUUUUCUCCGCCAAGUUCACUGAGGGCUGGGGCAGCAGGAGGAAGUGGGUGACUCCUGAUGGGAAGCCUAACUUUGAGUAUCUUUUGCGGACUUUUGGGGAAGCUGUAGUACCCGUUGCCAACUGUGAUGUCAAGGAAUACAAUUCUAACCCAAAGGAACAUCUUAAACUCAAGGAAUACAUAAGUUAUUGGAGAGAACACAUUAAAAAAGGCUACCGGUCGCCUCGGGGGUGCCUUUACCUCAAGGACUGGCACCUGCACAGGGCUUUCCCGGAGCAAGAUGUUUACACCACUCCCAUCUAUUUCUCAUCUGACUGGCUGAAUGAAUACUGGGAUGCCAUAUCAGUGGACGACUAUCGCUUUGUCUACAUGGGACCUAAAGGCUCAUGGACUCCAUUUCACGCAGAUGUCUUCCGCUCCUACAGCUGGUCAGCCAACAUUUGUGGGAAAAAGAAAUGGCUAGUCUUCCCCCCAGGGCAGGAGGAGUUCCUCCGCGAUCGCCAUGGUCACUUGCCAUUUGACAUCACUGCACCUGACCUGAAGAAGAGCAACCUUUACCCUCGCUAUGCCCAAAGCAGCCCUCCUGUUGAAAUCAUACAGGAAGCUGGAGAGAUCGUCUUCAUCCCGAGCGGAUGGCACCAUCAGGUUUUCAAUCUGGAGGAUACCAUCUCCAUCAACCACAACUGGGUGAACGGAUGCAAUGUAUCCAUCAUGUGGAGCUUCCUCCAAGACGAACUAGCUGCUGUCCAGCGGGAGAUCAGAGAAUGGAGAGACAGCAUGGAGGAUUGGCACCUGCAAUGCCAGGUGUUGAUGAAGUCUUACACAGGAAUCGACUACAAGGAAUUCUACAACUUCCUCAAAAUCAUUGCAGAAAACCGGAUUUAUGUCCUUGAAAACCACCAUUCUGAAGAAGAUGCCUCCAAGCAUUCAUACAGAGCUGCCAUCUCCGGCCUGGGAAUGCUGCAUGCAGUCUUUGACUUGAAAAGGACUGCAAAGGUCUUGACCUCUUUGAAUGCCAAUGAGGAAUUCAAGAAACUGAACCCAGAGACCCUUUCCCCUCCUCCUCAGGCACUGCUGCACCGCCUGAAAGCAGCGAUAGAUACAGCCCUCCUCUAGUUCCCCAUUUUAUUCUGACCACUUGCAGAAAUGCUUCUUUUGCAAGCUGGGUGCAUGCUGAUAGGUUAUGUCGAUCGCCCCAUUUAGAAGUCGUAAGCACAGUGGAUUUUAGUGACGGAGUAGAGAAUACAGAACCAGAGGCAGAAUGUUAGGGAAUUUAAGCACCUAGGAAACUGGCAGUAGUUGGAAAAGGAGAGCGUCCCUUGGUGAGAUGUUCUACUUCCUCAGUACACUUAUUUGUGCCAGUAUUUCUAAGCCCUUUGGGCUACAACCCUAUAUGGCAGAGAUGGAGCACCUGCAUCCCUCCAGAUGAUGUUGCACUACAACCGGUCAUUCCUGCUGACCUUGCUGGCUGCAGCUGAUGAGACUUGGGAGUCCAGCAGCAUCUCGAGGGCCACAGACUCCUCAUCCUCUCCUCUACAUUCUCACAUGGGAGUAUGACUUAUUGAAUACAGUGGAACUUAACUUUUGAGUAAACAUGCAUAGGAUUGCACUGUUGGUUUGGGGAGCUUUUGUCCCACCAAAAUACACCUGGAAAGCAUUUCACACUAGACUGCACAGGUGAGUCUUCUUGUUUACCCACAGUGUUAGUGGAAGCAUUUGAUCCUAUUUACAUGAUCGAUAACUCCCCUUUCCCUCCCACCAACUCCGCUCCCUGCUCCUGAGCACUUCCCAGAGACAUGUGUUUUGAGUGAAAUAAAUAUGGGGGUGGGAGGGAAAGAAAAGUAAAAAAAUUCAGCUCAUAUGUUGAAAUGGCUUAACUCCUUGAGGUAGGUAAGUAUGGGAAUAAAAGGUGUGUGUACCACCUCGUUAAUUGGUGUGCAAUACUCACCUGUUCAUAGCCCCUGCUUCCAUCACUCUCUGCUGUAUGUGUGUGAGAGAGAAAUCAGGAAUACUCACCUCAGGAUUGGCACUACACUUUCAGGGACUCUGAGCUAUGAAGCUCAUUGGGCCUAAACAGCCCAAGCAUGGCAGCUGAACUCUGUGUGCCCUCCCCUCCAAUAUGAUAAGCUGGGGCAAUUGUGUUCUGCAAUCACUCUCUUCUCUCAAGCUACCUUUUUGGUUAUUUCCCAAAUAAGGUGGUCUCAGAGCUGUAGUUGAAUGGUCUUGCUUCUUUUUCGAUUCCGAAAUUGUGAUGCCUUUUUCACUGCCUGAACAGUUUUAGCACGACAAUCCCCACAGACAUUGAGGCCAAAAAAUAAGAUAUAUUUUUUAAAAAUCACCCUUCAGGGCUUGUUGCAUGGCAGCCUACCCAUAAUCCAGUUGACUGUACAGGAUUACAGUCUUAACGGUGAUCCUCCUUUGUUUCUCCAG